CUGCGGUGGGCGGCCUGUCCCUAGCGUGUAGCCGGGGUGUGGGUCCGCGGAAUACAGCGCCUCUCAGCGCCCUCCUGGCUGGAGUUGGUGACCACGGGCCACAUGGGAGGAAGUGUGGUGAGGGCCGAUAGGUUAAGGCCAGCCCAGGGGCGCCUGGGCCCGCAGGGUUUCCCUCUGCCACAUGGUGAGAAACCAAAUUGGGGUCACAUUUUAGAAAUCUGGUGCCAUAGGGCUGGGGAUUUAGCUUAGCAGCAUAAGCGCCUGCCUUGCAAGCAGGCAGUCGUGAGUUCGAUCCCCGGUACCGAUAAAAAGGAAAAAGACAAAAAAAAAAAAAAAAAAAAAAAAGAACCUGGUGCCAAACUGCAGACCCAGGCGCUUCCGCGGCAAGUUCAAGGCGUGUUCUGGGACAUCCCUUGGGGCAGUUUCACCUCCAUCUUGCUCCUGUCUGUCUUAAUCCCACUGCCCCCUACCCCAGGGUUUGACUCCCUCCCUCUCAGGGACCCCCUCUUGUCCAUUACCCACAUGUGAACAUCACUAGAAACAAGGUCUUUUCCUGUUACCCCUGCCCUGCCUAGCACUGCCUGUGACCCAAGGCACCCAAUGAAGACCCUGUUGUCCCAGGAGCCCGCCCCAUCCUCUCCCAGGGCUCCCUUGCUGUAUUCCCUCCACCUCAGCGUCCUUCUGAGGGGGGCAGGAGGGUGAUGCUGGCCCCUUCAACCCUGAGCCACCUGGCCUCCGGGCCUGCCCCCUGCCCACUGUGACCCUGGCGAACAGUUAACACCUUAACCUGUCUGAAACACCUCUUGCGCUCGCCGCCUCUCCUUGCAUGUCCAGCCUUUGCCCAUGGGAUUCUUACUGCCCCAAGUCCGCUUUAGGGCCCCCAAGUCCCCAGCCAAGUGCGGACCCCACAAAGGUACCCCUGCAGGCCAAUCCAAGAUGGCCCGAAGCGCUGAGUCUUCACCCCAGAGACGCCAGCAGGGGGCGCCCGAGGGAGGCAGGGGCUGCAUGACCCACAGGCUUGGUGGGCCUGUUCACCCAGCUGCAGUUUGUCACCUGGGGUGCGGGCUCAGUGACCCCAGCUGUGGCUGGAAGCAGAGACGUGGGGGGGCCUGGCCCUCACUCACUUCGGGCUUCUGGUUCUCUACUCUGGUUGGAGCCACCUGGGCACAGCCACCUCCAUGGGCGCGUGGACCCUGCAGGGAGCCACCAGGAAGGCACAAGACACACACAAGGAAGAAGACAGGUGCACCCCCCUGGCGGCCUGGGUUCUGCUGGCGCUCUCAAAGCACGGGAUCUAGGCCUCUGAUGUCCGCACCCAGCAGUGGGUCCAGGAGGCUUCGGAGCCUCAGCCAUUCAUCCUUAGCUUGCCCUCAUUGAGCGCCUGGUGUAUGCUCAUGCCCAUGGUCCUGGGAACAAAAAGGAUCCAAACCUGGUCAUUCCCGACCCCUUACCCCUGGACCUCUCAUUACAAGGAAGACCUUUGCCUGGAAUUAGUGAUGCCCGCCUGUCACUCGGAAGGCCGAGACAAGAGGAUCGCUAUGAGUUCGAGGAGUGCCUGGGCUCCAUAGUGCCUAAGGCCAACCUGGACCACAAUAGACAGCAAGAUCCUGUCUAUUAAAAAAGUCACGGCUAGAGAUUUUAGCUUAGCGGCACAGCACCUGCCUGGCUAGCGCAAGGUCAUGAGUUUGAGUCCCAGUACCAAAAAAAAAAUCACAAAAUCUCACUUGGCUCGUUCUGAGUCAUGUGUGGUUCUUGCUGCCUGCCCCAAGUGUGGUCCAUGCACCAGCAGGCUGGACCCCUCCUGGACCAGACCCUGCACUUCCAUAACCCAUCUAGGUGAUACCUAGGCACCGGUAAGUCUGUUUGGCUGUGUGCUGGCAUAACCCCUUUGUGGCCAAGCAGAAUCAGGGCUCUGAAUUCUCCCACAGGUGCUUUCUCCCUUCACCUCCUGGGGUCAGGGCCACUGACUUCCUGUGGACACAGCCCUGUGGUCAAGGCUCAGCCCAAUCUGGCCACCCUAUCUCACUGCCUUCCACCUGCUCCGUCUCCAACCUCGUCUUCCCCACCACCUCAAACCACGGAGAGUACAGGCUGUCCACCCACCCCCCAAAUCUGCAGUCCCACCGAGGCUUCAGCCAUGGGCCGGUGAUGGCAGGUGGACCUCUCUCUCCCCAACAGGAAAUCCUGUCGAGAGCCAGAGCUGUUGAAAGGAGGAAGAGGAAUGGGGUAACUGGCAGGCAGAUGGGGCCUGGAUGUCCCGCCGGCCCCCACGCCUGUCUUGGUCGCCCCACUGAGAGCUCCCUGUCCUGUGGCUGCCUCUUUGGUAGCCAGUUCCCAGUUCCUGGCUCUCAAGGGAGGGGAGUCAAAGAGUUGGUGACAUCUAGAGACCAGAGGCUGAGGCCCAAAUCUCAGGGACAGGAGCAGGAAGGACGGGAUCUCGCGGGGGACAGAAGGGCCCCACAAGUUCUGAGGACAGACCAGAGUCAGCUCCAUCUCCACCUCCUUCCUCCUCUGCCCGCCCCACCCCAACUUCGGCCCCGAUCUUGAGUGGAGAAGCCACAGUUACUUCCUGAAGGCAGCUCACGCUGUGCAAGGCAUCCACUCAGCGUGUGGCCCAUCGCCUGCCUGCAGUCAUGGAGAGCCAUCAGGACUUCCGGAGCCUCCAAGCCAAGUUCCAGGCCUCUCAGCUGGAACCCAGUGAUCUACCCAAAAAACCCCCGAAGCCGGAGGUCAACAAGCUUCUGAAGAAGUUCCCGCAGCCCGAGCUGAGCGAGCAGCCCAAGCAGCCCCAGUUGGCCUGUGUCCCCAAGAAGCUGGCCCAGCCCGAGUUCACUGAUCUCCCCCCAAAGCCACCCAAACCUGAGUUUGGUGAUCUCACCAAGAAAUGGCCUCAGCCCGAGGCCCCUGUGUUUCCCAGGAAGCCCCUGAAGCCUCAGGCCACCGAUGCCCCUCAGAAAGCCUCACAGGGGGACCCCCCACAGCCUGAGCUCAGCCACUCUGCCAGGCCCCCCUCAGAACCCAAACCCAGUGCCUUCCCCAAGAAAGCCUGGCAGCCUGCAUGCAGCGAGGGGCCCCCUCAGUCCUCGCAGAGCGAACUCCCAAGAAGCUUGCCCAAGAAGCUUCCACAGCCUGAGUUCACUGUGUACCCCAGGAAGCCCCCACAGCUUCAGGUCAGUGGCCUCCCUGGGAAGUUCCCGCUGCAGGCUGAGUGCACUGAAGUCCCCUGUACAUCCCCCUCAAAGGUAGGGCCCACUGACCCCCGCCCCCACUCCCCAAAGCCUGACACCUUGCCCCAGAAGCGCCCGCAGCCUCAGGCCAGCAUCCCCCCCAAGCGGUCCCUCCUGCAGCCUGAGUCCAGCGAGGUCCCUGUGCAGACUCCCUCAAAGCCUGAGUCAGAGUUCCAGGAACCCCACUCCCUGAAGCCAGGCCGUGGCGCAUUUCCCAAGAAGGCCUUGAAGCCUGAGUUCGGGGACCUCACCAGGACGUCCUCAGAGCCAGAAUUCAGUGUGAUUCCCAAGAGGCCUGGGCAGCCCGAGUUCAAGCCCCUGUCCAAAAAGCCCCUGCAGCCUGAGCUGGGGGGCCUCCCUAGGACAUCCUCAGAGCCUGAGUUCAGCAUGCUCCCCAGGAAGUUCCCACAGCCCGAGGGCAGGAGGCCACCCCGCAAGUUCUCCCAGGCCGGGUCCCAUGCUCUGCCCAAGAAGGCCUCGAAGCCGGAGCGCUGGGAUCUCCCUAGAAAGAGCCCACUUCCGGCCUCGGUGUCCGAGAGCUCUCUGUCUGCUGCCAUCGCUGGCACUAGCCAGCUUGGAGCUGCCGGGAGGCCCCGCUGGAAGUCUGAGGACCUUAAAGGCCACCAGCCGCCCCCUCGGAGGACUCUGCCCCCAGCCAGCAGCCUGGGGCCUCCUCCAGCCAAGCCCCCACUUCCCCCCGGCCCCUUGGAUCUCCAGAGCUUUGGGAGACGCUUGGCAGCAGCCACAGGCGUGCGGAGGACCCACUCGUCCGCGGGGACCUACUUGCAGGCCCUCCAGGCUCCACAGUUCCCACAGGACCCGGAUGAGAUCUACGAGAUGUAUGAUGAGGUGGAGCCCACGAAGGACUCCGGUCCCGGCUCCAGAAACAGAGAUGAAGUGCCGUCUACCCAGCAAGCCACCAGCAAGCCAUCGGCAGAGCCAGAGCUCAGGGGGAUCAGGAAGGAGAAGGACCCCCAGCCACAGCAGGUGCCAUCCAUGGAUCCCAAGGUGCUGAAGCAGAUGAGGAAGGCGGAGAAGGCAGAGAGGGAGUUCCGGAAGAAGUUCAAGUUUGAAGGGGAGAUUGUGAUCCACACAAAGAUGAUGAUCGAUCCCAACGCUAAGACCCGCCGUGGGGGUGGCAAGCAUCUGGGCAUCCGGCGUGGGGAGAUCCUGGAGGUCAUUGAGUAUACCAGCAAGGAUGAGAUGCUGUGCCGGGACCCCAAGGGCAAGUAUGGCUACGUGCCCCGAACAGCGCUCCUGCCUCUGGAAACGGAGGUGUAUGACGACGUCGACGUCGGCUUCUGGGAUCCCCUGCAGAACCCAGCAUUUCCUCGGGGACAGUGAGGCCGGCAGCCUGGCAUACAGCUGCCCAGCACGAGGCUGCACAAACCUCUUCAAAGCAAGCCUUCUGUGUCUUUCUUCCCUUCUACUGGCAGUGCACACAGUGCUGUCUCUGGGGGGCCACCCCCCUACCAGCUCCUCUCAGCCUUUGGCUCCAAAAACAAGGAGAAGCUGGCUGCCUGAUGGCGUUGGGGGCUGGGGCAGGGGCCCCAGCACACAGGAUGGGUGGCAGUGAGCCCUUUAGGGCUGCCCACUUCUGCCCCAACUCUGAAGGAACCCAGGGACCUGGCUCAACCCGCAUCUGAUGGGCCCAGAGAAGCCCGAACAGCCUCCCUGCUCCUGUCUGCUGACAGGGGCACCACAGUGGAGAUGGCCUGCCACAGGUGUCUGUGCCCUACAGAGGGAGUCCCCAGUGGGGACCAGAUAGUGUCCAUGUCCCCUGUCUUCAGUGGGGGAGAGCGUUGAGGUUCCCAGAGUGGCAGGGCCCUUGUCUCCCAGACCCAGGCCCACAAAGAAGCAGUGACAGAGGGAAAGGCCCCUAGUGUCAGGGAGGACUCCAGCUCCCCAACACAUCUGCAAAAAGCAAGCACUUCAGGAACUGGUAUUUAUUAUCAAAGUCAUAUUUGAUGUCAACAAGAUGCCACAACUACAAAAAAAAUUGUGCACAUUGCAAUCUCAAUGCAAACAGUCCAAUGGAACCCCAGUCAUUAAAAAAGUAAUUCAAAUUACCCCAAAAAA